GAGUUGUCGCGCCGAGCCACGAGAGCACCUCGCCCCAUCUCAUCUCGCAGAGUCUCUCCCUCUCUCACUCUCUCUCACUCUGUGCCGGCCUCUCUGCGUGUCAAUUGCCAAUGCGGGCGGGGCGGUUGUGGCGUUCAAAGUCCGCAGGUUUCGGAGGGGGUUCGGGGGGGGUGUAGCGAAUAAAUAAAAGGGAAGAGGGAGAGAGAGGGGAGGGGGGAGCUGCGCUAUCAGUGAGCCUGAGCUGGGGGUUGUGUGAAGGGGGGGGGGGAGCGAACGAGAGAGAGAGAGGGAGGGCAAAUUUACUCGUUUCAAAUGUAAACAGGCGCUGGCAGGGGGCAGCGAGGGAGACUCGCGCACACACACGCGGCGUGUAGUCGGUGGAGCUGCCGUGCCGGGCUCGCAAGCACGGGGAGGGGGGCGGCGACAUGGCAGGGCUGAGCGGCGAGAUUUGAGUGUUGCUCUUCAUUUCCCCGUCUCUCUUCUUCCCGAGUCGGAGGGGAGGGGGGCGUCAACCUGCGGCCGAGGUGGACAUCGCGUCUCAUCCACAACCAUCCUCGCCGUCGUCUCGUCCGCUCGCUCAGCUUGUUGCCCGCUGUUGCCCACUGCCAAGUGGGAGAUCUCGACCCUUAUGGACGAGGCGAAGUGAAAUUUUACAGCGGCGGCGAGGUGCGUGGCCGUGCGACAAGCGCUUUGCUUAGAGGGAUCGAGGAACCUGUGCUCAUAACCGAAGCACGUACCACGUACGAGAGACAGCAGCGUUACAUCGGGAAGGAGUGGCGGUGGUGGUCGUGGUGGUGGUGAACGCGUACAGGUGGUCGCGCGAACCGCGCGCAAAGGGGGGGGGGGGGGGGGUGGUCGCACGCACGAGAACGCGACAAUGGUUUCCAAGUUGACCGACAUCCAGAGGGGAUUGCUCAACGAUCUGCUGUGCUCCGGGGUGAGCAAGACGGCUCUGAUGGAGGCGCUCACCGAACUCGAGCCAGCGCUGGGCGCCUACGACGACCUUCACGUCGGUGGCGGUGGGCACGGCCAGCAAGACCUCCCUCCGGCUCCUAACAACGCCACGAGGGUUCUGCAGCACGGCGACGGGGGUGGUGGUGGUGGUAGCAACCACGACCAUCAAAGCCAUCACCACCUCUCAAUGGGUGGCGGCGACGGCCCAGCGGAGUACAUUAACCUCAGCAACGGGCAACACCACCAACAGCAUCAUCAGCAGCAUCAGCAUCAUCAUCAGCAGCAGCACCAGGUCGCGCGGCGGAAUCACCUAUCGGGCGACGAAACGUCGGAGGAUGGAGACGACUUGGAGCCGCCUCCAAUCUUGAAGGAGCUGGAGAGCUUGAGUCCCGAAGAAGCGGCUGAGCAGCGAGGGGAAGUGGAUCGACUCUUACGGGAAGACCCAUGGCGUGUCUCCAAGCUCGUCAAGAGCUACAUGCAGCAGCACAACAUCCCGCAGCGCGAGGUGGUGGACGCCACGGGCCUCAACCAGUCGCACCUGUCGCAGCACCUCAACAAGGGCACGCCAAUGAAGAACCAGAAGCGCGCCGCGCUGUACGCCUGGUACAUCCGCAAGCAGCGAGAGAUCCAGAGACAGUUCAGCCACGGCGUGGUGAGCGGUGCCCCCCAGGGCAUGGUGGACGACGGCCUCGCCGGCACCGCCGGCGGCGCCGGCCCCGGCGAGGAGCCCCCCAACAAACGCUCGCGCCGCAACCGCUUCAAGUGGGGGCCCGCGUCGCAGCAGAUCCUGCGGCAGGCGUACGAGCGGCAGAAGAACCCCAGCAAGGAGGAGCGGGAGGCCCUGGUGGAGGAGUGCAACAGGGCGGAGUGCAUCCAGCGCGGCGUCUCACCGUCCCAAGCCCACGGGCUGGGCUCGAACCUGGUCACCGAGGUGCGGGUCUACAACUGGUUCGCCAACCGGCGGAAGGAGGAGGCGUUCCGGCACAAGGUGGCCCAGGACGCGUACGAGACGGGCGGCGAGGCGCAGCACGGCGGCAUGCACGGCUCACCGUCCCCAGGCCGCUCCAUGGGAUGCUCAUUGCUGGCAGGUGGCCGUUAUGGCCAGCCAGGCUCAGGUGAUGUGGUGUCGCCCUCGGGUCACCAUGGCAACAUCUCCAUGGCGACGGGCCAGGUGGUACUGCAGCAAGUUUCUCCCACGAUGGAGAUCCAGACUUCUGGGGGAACCUUGCCACCCGUGAGCACCCUGACGCACAUCCACAACCUACACUCUCCCCACCACAUGUCCCAGCAGCCUCACCAGAACCUCAUCAUGACCCAGCUACCCGGAGUCAUGGCCAUCGCACAGAGUCUGAGCGGCGGCCAGGCGCAGUCCAUCCCCGUCAUCAACAGCGUGGGCGGCAGCCUCACAACCCUGCAGCCCAUGCAGCUCCAGUCGCAGCAACUGCACGGGCUGCAGCAGCCGCUGAUGCAGCACGCGCAGAGCCACAUGGGGCAGUCGCAAUUCAUGGCCACCGUGGCACAGCUGCAGAGCCCUCACCCGUUUUACAGCCACAAAGCAGAGCCACCACAGUACCCUCACAACGGACGCUUUUCUCAAACCAUGGUCAUCACAGAAACCGGAAACCUACACAGCUCCAACAAGCAGAGCCCCGCCUCGCUGCACCUGCACGCUCAGGACAGCUCCAUUCAGCACAUCCAGGGAGCCCACAGUGUACCCUCCAGCCCAGGCUUGCCUUCAGGUCCGCAGGAUUAUUUUGGCAAGAAACAUUUUGUUCUCUAGCAUCCUCGGCAAGCCUGGUGAUGUUUCAGACAAACCAUGGCCCAGACGGGCAUGGACACUUGCUCUCUCAGAACCAUGCCAAUAUGGACAACUUCCUGAGCCAACAGAUGGUCUCCACGGCCCAGUAGCUGGCCACGUGUGAGAUCCCAGCCUCCGCGGUGCCUCGAGGGCUUUCGUUCCCUACCACCCUGACCGCACAUGACUUCCACUGAUGGAUGGGUCUUAUAUUUAUCUUCAAGAGGUCUCAGCACUGGAACGCUCCGAUGGAAUGGAAAGGAAUUCAAGAUUUGUUCGAGUCGCUGCAGAUACCUAUGGACAUGCGCUCAUUAGACAAGUAUAAGAAACCGGAAGGUUGAGCGGUGAAGCACAUUUACCCUUGCCUUUGUGUACGAGGAAAACAAAACUUCCUUGAAAAUUGUGCCUUCCGUGUCGUGCAGCAGAAAAUAAAAACGUGCCUAGGGGUGAAAGUGCUUUUCUGCCGCCACAUUUCAAAGAGCAAUCAAUUAGAAGUUCGUCACGUUUCCAAAAUAGCAUCAACUAUGCCACAGAGCUUGGGAGACUGAUGAGUUGCCAAUGUGAUAAAACAGUGUGACAUUAACUGCAUUUGUAAGUCCUUUACGGAGUUCGUAAUCAACAUUGCCAAUAACAAUAAACCUGUCUGAGAUUUCAUUGCAACAACAAAGAACCUUGCUAAAAUGGUCACUUAAACAUUACGUGUAUUGCAUUGCCACUCCGGUAACUGUUCUGGGAGAUUCUGCUACAUCACGUGAUCUUUCAGCUAUGCCCGUCUGGUGAUCUGGACUCGAAUCCCCUUGCCUGAUCUCAGCAAAGAUGGAAAUGAUGACAACUUGUAACAUGACUUGAUAAUGCUACAUCAAAAAGAAAGCCGUCCCUUGGUGUGGACCAAUCAGUUUCAAGGACAACGCAUAUAUUAUCAUAGUAUGUUUUUUGUUUGCAUUUUGACUGCAGGUAUUGUGGUUAAUGCAGACAUGAAUCCUUGUAAAAAGGUUUCAGUUUGUUGCCAGAAAAAAGGGGAAAAACCCUAUUAUUAUUGAUAAUGCUAGUUUUUUUUUACAAAAAUUACAUGUAUACCAAAAAUUCCAAUUUAUAGAAUCAGACCUGGUAAACAUUGUACAGGUAUGCUGUGAAGAUAACAAUAUGAAAUAAUACCUUUUUAUAUAUUGGACAUUGUAAAUUUGAAGCUAGGAUUACCUUUACUUGAUUGCUACCAAAAAAAUGUUGGUUACCCUGUUUGUAUUUUAUGUACAUUGCUUUUAUUUUUUUUAUGAACACAAUAUAACGUACACUUUGUAAAUGUUUUCAAAUGUGUCUCAAAUAUAAACAUUUGGAGUUUUACGCAUGUAAAAUUAUCCUUGAGAAAUUUCUCCCAAUUAUUAAUGUGCCUUUGUACGGUCUGCACUAAAACGUACUUCACGGUGAGUUUGAAACUAAUAACGCUUGCUGUUGGUGGAUUAAAACUGUGAAAUUUGAAAAUCGGACAUCAAAUCAGGACAUGAUAGUUGGUUUUGUUUCAUUAGUAUUUGUGCACGAAGGGAGCGAGGAACUUUAUAUACACCUGUCUUUUACAAGUUGCGUAUAUCGAUUGUUUCCACAGGUACAAACGUUGGUUGUAAUAUAGCAUAGCGUUUCAUAUUCAUGAAAAUAUGUUUUGGAAAAACUAAAAGUAGAUAUACAAUACUGUAAUUGUAUAUGGAUGGGUGUAGGCCGCUAUUUUGUAUAUUUAUGAAGGAGGUAACAAAAUGUUUGAAAAAAAACCCCUUAUAAUUACUUGAUUAUUGUUGUCCCUAUCAAUACAUGAUUGUACAAUCGUGUAACAUUUCUGUGUAAAUUGCAAUCGUAAUUACCUUAAGCACAAGCAGUGUUAUUUUUAUAAACGAAAUGUGUUCGUUUAAUUCUUUUUUUGCUAAUUUAAGAUUAACAAUCACGAGUAGGUUUGUAAUUAUCGAAGGCCUUUCUGUAAAUGGACCUGUUCAUUGUGAGCAGUAUUACUGUAAACACUUCACGCACACAAUCACACAAUCGCAUAAUGCUAUCAAGUACACACAUUUUUUAAGUAUUCACUUGCCCAAUUUCUGUUCGUAUUUUGUACAAAUAUCUACACCGUAAAUUGUGGAGUUAAAUGCACACUCGUGCCAAGCAGAAUUUUAAAAAAAAAUUGCAAACGCCAAAGGAACUCUUCCAUCUCGUGGUUAAGAUCACAGACUGAUGUGUGCGCGACUGCUGCAUAAAGCUGUUCUGAAAUAAAACCACUGGAUUCUGAAGCUGCAGUGAUAUACCGUAUGAUCUAUAAAUUUGCUUCCAAAGAAGCACGAGGGCAGAUCCUGGCAACCCGUUUCAUUUCCAGUCCUUAAAUUCUGCACAUUCCAGCCUUGUGCAGCUGUCAAUCCUUCCCCCAUUCUAAAGACGAACCUUUUUUGAAUGGCUAUGCGAGUCAGGUCGUGGUGUAGCAUCGAACGCGCAGACGGCGCAACUGCACCGACCCCCGUGUGUCAGAGGGGCCGAGGUCCCGGGCUAUGAAGAGGAGGCAUGUUGAACAGGGGGGCCGGUGGGGGAGGGUAGGGGGUAAUUUCAUUCUCUGCACCAGGUCCCAUGGAAACCACACUACACCAUUGGAGCCAGAUAUUAUGUGUGUGUGUGUAUAUAUAUUGUCUGUGAGCUGGUAAACAUGAAAACAUCUGAACUGCCAGAGAGGGGUUUGUGACUUUUUGAGGUCUAGAGUUGAAUUAUUUCAUUGCAAUGUCUUGAGAAUCACACAAAAGAUACUUCCCAUUUGGCAACAGCCCCAAAUCCAACUUUAAACAAUUGGAUUAAUAUAAAAAAACAUUACAAAGUAAGUUAUUGCCGCUACUGUACCGCCAUACUGCCAAAAUGGCUUUUGCUUCAUGAUGAUUCGUUUAAUCAUUAAAUGAAUAUACCAAAACGA